AUGCCAACUCUUACAGCGGCGGAUACGAUACGUAUCCUCAUUGCUACUGACAGCCAUGUGGGAUAUGCCGAGCGGGAUCCUAUCCGUAAACAUGAUAGCUGGCAGAGCUUCGACGAGGUCAUGCAGCUGGCAAAAUCACAGGAUGUCGAUAUGGUAUUACUCGCCGGAGAUCUUUUCCACGAUAACAAGCCUUCCCGCCAAGCUAUGUACCAGGUCAUGCGCUCGUUACGAAUGAACUGUCUGGGAGACAAGCCUUGCGAACUGGAAUGGCUGAGUGAUGCUAGUGACAUUUUCGACAAAUCAUUUGACCAUGUCAAUUACGAAGAUCCCGAUAUCAACGUUGCCAUACCGGUUUUCUCUAUCCACGGCAAUCAUGACGAUCCGACAGGUGAAGACAGCCUUUGCUCCUUGGAUCUUCUCCAAGUCUCUGGGCUGCUAAAUUACUUUGGCCGAACCCCUCAAAAUGAUAAGCUCGAUAUUAAGCCGGUGCUUCUACAAAAGGGCCAGACAAAAUUGGCGCUUUAUGGGAUGAGUAAUGUCAGAGACGAAAGACUUUUUCGAACUUUCAGGGAUGGGCAUGUCAAAUUCUUCAAGCCGGGAGUGCAGCAUAAGGAUUGGUUCAAUCUGAUGGCAGUCCAUCAAAAUCACCAUGCUCAUAGCGAGACUGGAUAUCUUCCUGAGAAUUUUCUGCCCGAAUUCCUUGAUCUCAUUAUCUGGGGACACGAGCACGAGUGCCUUAUUGACCCCCGCCAAAAUCCGGAGACCAUGUUCCACGUUAUGCAGCCCGGUUCUUCUGUGGCAACAUCUCUUGUCCCUGGAGAAUCUGUUCCCAAGCACGUUGCUAUUGUAAGCGUCACUGGGAGGGAUUUCAAGGUUGAAAAACAUAGGAUCAAAACCGUGAGACCUUUUGUUACGCGGGAGUUGGUCCUAGCGAUUGAUGAGCGCUUUAGGGGCCUUGCCAAAGUUAAAGACAAUAGGCAUAAGCUUACCUCUAAACUGGUUGAAGUGGUCAACGAGCUGAUAGAGGAGGCAAAGGCAGAGUGGCUGACAAUCCAAGACGAGGAUGAUCAACCGAUAAAAGUCCCGUUGCCGCUUAUUAGGUUGAAAGUUGAGUACACAGCUCCAGACGGCGGCCAAUUCGAUUUUGAAAAUCCACAACGAUUUUCAAACCGGUUCGUCGGCAAGGUUGCAAAUGUCAAUGAUGUGAUACAGUUUCAUCGGAAAAAGACUGGGAUUUCUAAAAAGGACAACGCAAAGAAGGAUAUGCCUGAGGAGUCCAUCCUUGCCUCCAUGGCUAUUGAUAACGUCAAAGUUGAGAGACUCGUACGAGAGUUCUUGACAGCUCAGUCACUCAAAAUUUUGCCACAAGCCCCCUUUGGCGAUGCUGUUACUCAGUUCGUCGACAAAGAUGACAAGCACGCCAUGGAAAUGUUCGUGAAUGAAAGUCUGUCUUCUCAAGUGAAGGAAUUAUUAACUAUGCAUAAAGAUGACGACGAUCUUGAGAGCGCGAUGGAUAAUUUCCGUGCUAGGCAAGAAGCAUUAUUUGAAGCCGGAGUUUUGAAGCGGCAGAAGAGGAGAGGGAAGCUAAAGCCUCGUCCUCAGAUCUGGGAUUCAGAUAUGGAUGGCGAAUGGGAAGAUCAGCCUGGUGCUUGGGAAUUUACCGACGCCGAAGACGAAUCUGCAGCACCAGCCACCAAGCGUGGCCGAGCCGCAUUGGGAGGUAGCGACGAUGAAACCUCAAUAUUCUCUGCACCUACGACAAGAAAAGCACCAGCAAAGAAAGCACCAGCAAAGCCUAGAGCUCCCCCGAAGGCCAAAGCGCCAGCAAAAGCUACUGCAAAAGCGCCAGCAAGAGGCCGCGCGAAGGCCGCGCAACCAAGUGAUGAUGAGGACGAUGACCUUGUCAUGAUGGACGCUCCUCCUCCUAAAUCACAGCCAAGGAGAGCAGCAGCAACCCGGGGACAGCAGACACAACUCAACUUUUCCCAAUCGCAGGCUAAAACUGUACCUCGCAAGGAAUUGAGUGACGACGAAAUAUCGGAUGACGAUGAUGCCUUUGAGCCGAUGCCCUCUAGUUCAAGACGGAGAUGA